GAUAAACUAUUCUCCUUGCCCACUGAUUUGAAACUUCCUUGGUCUUCACGAUUUCCUCUCGUUAAAGCACGGCGGCGCAGAGGUCGAGGAGGAGGCGAUGGAGGGAGGAUUUGACGGCGCGGGGGCGGCCGAAGUAGUGGCGGAGUUGAGGGAGAGCUUCGAGUCCGGGAGGACGAGGAGCUUCGAGUGGAGGGUGGCGCAGCUCAAGGGCAUCGCGAGGCUGAUCGUUGAGAAGGAGGCGGAGAUCACGGCGGCGCUCGAUGACGACCUCGCCAAACCCCAGAUAGAAUCUUUCAUUGGCGAGGUCCUCCAGGACUGGACUUUUCCUUUUUCCUAUCAGUCUGGUUAAUUUAUCUCUUCGUUGGUCUCGUACUUGCUUUCUGAUCUAGAAAGGUUCGAUCUUGGAUCCCAUAGCUGGAACUUUUGGGCGAUUUAUCUGCAUCGCUAUGUUCGUAUUGCGAAAGAACAUAUCGCCCGAAGCUUAUAAAGUCUUUUAUGGUCCAGUUUGAACUCUGCAAACCAAUUCGUCCUACAUAUCAACUUUGAUUGGAGUCUGCUUUUGGCGAAAGCUGCUGCUCUUCUUACUAAUUUACAUGUAGCGGAAUAAAGCAAUGGACUUUGAGCAUGAGCCGCACAGAGAAGCUGGAACUGUAAUUGAUUGUCGAAAACGUUCUUGUUUGCAAUUAAACUGUGUCGAUAUAGCUAGUCUUAUCUUUGAUGUCCUCUUCAUAUAGAGAUUGAGGAUUGAUUCAUCUUACUUGUGGUAGUUUGUUAAGGUGUCAGUGGUUGUCAUUCUGUCUUCCCAUGCUAACAUUGGACAUUGUUAAUAUGGUUAUCUUUGAGAUAUUUCACCGGCAGGCAGAGUCAGAAUCUUUCUCUUUUCUUAUUUUGGAAGAUUGACAUAAGAAUCUGUCCUUUUUCGUUUCCUUCAGUUCCUGAGUUGACAUGCUCUCCCAACAUCGUCCAAAUUGUGAAUGCAAACCUUUGAAACUGAUUUCUGAUCUUAUAUAAACCUUUAGGUUCAUGCAUCUUCCUAAGCAGUAAUUUAUCCCAAAUAUUGGACAUGUGCAGUCGUCGAAAUUACUGUUGCUGUCAAUCGAGUUUACCUUUUUAUAACAAUUAAUUCAGAUACUCUCCUAUUUACACAAGAUUCUGCAGUUAUCGAGUUCUGCUAAUCUUUUGUCUCACACAUAAGCUGAUACAGGAGCAUAAGCAAGAGCCUCAUUGCUUCUUUACUUGGCUCUAACAAAUAUAUAUUUGAUUUCAAUGGUAAGGGGAUCAUGCCGUUUUGCCCUCAAAGAAUUGAAACGCUGGAUGAAACCGGAGAAGGUGGCCACUUCGGUUACAACUUUUCCAUCAUCAGCAAAAGUGGUGUCAGAGCCCCUUGGUGUUGUGCUGAUCAUUUCAGCAUGGAAUUACCCCUUUUUGUUAUCCAUUGACCCUGUAAUUGGAGCCAUUGCAGCUGGCAAUGCUGUUGUUUUGAAGCCAUCAGAAGUUGCACCAGCCACAUCAUCAUUUUUCGCAAGAAUUCUACCAGAUUAUGUAGAUAACUCUUGUAUCAGAGUAGUUGAAGGAUCUAUUCCUGAAACAACAGCACUUUUGGAUCAGAAGUUUGAUAAAAUACUCUAUACAGGCAACGCAAGAGUAGGCCGUAUUGUGAUGACUGCAGCUGCAAAGCAUCUAACACCAGUAGUCCUGGAGCUUGGAGGAAAAUGUCCUGUUCUUGUUGAUUCCAAUGUUGACAUCAAAGUCGCAACAAGGAGAAUUGUUGCGGGCAAGUGGGGAUGCAAUAGUGGACAAGCUUGUAUCGCACCGGAUUAUAUUAUUACAACAAAAUCAUUUGCUCCAAAAUUGGUGGAUGCUCUAAAAAUAACUUUGGAGAAAUUCUAUGGCAAGGAUCCAUUGGAAUCAGCAGAUCUAUCUCGCAUCGUGAACUCCAACCAUUUCAAACGCUUGAUGAAUCUUUUGGAUGAUGAAAAGGUUUCCGGCACGAUUGUCCAUGGAGGCCAGCGGAAUGAAAAGCGCCUAAGAAUCGCUCCUACAAUCCUAUUAGAUGUUCCCAGUGAUUCACUAAUAAUGAAAGAGGAAGUCUUUGGCCCCCUACUUCCAAUUGUCACGGUUGAUGAGUUGCGAGAGGGAUUUGGUCUUAUAAAUUCAAAAGGGAAGCCGCUUGCUGCCUAUCUCUUCACCAAGGACAGGAAAUUAGAGGAGAAGUUUGUGAAAACUGUAUCCGCGGGGGGAAUGGUCAUCAAUGACACAAUCUUACAAGUCACCAACCCUCGUCUGCCAUUUGGUGGCGUAGGAGAGAGCGGAAUGGGGUCUUACCACGGAAAAUUCUCAUUUGAUGCAUUUAGUCACAAGAAGGCGGUGUUGAGCCGUGGUUUUGGUGGCGAUGUUUCUAUGAGGUACCCUCCAUAUACGGCACACAAGCAGAAAAUUCUGAGGGGGCUGAUCACCGGCAACAUCAUAGCGGUGUUUCUCGCACUGAUUGGGUGGACUCGACAUUGAAGAUCCAAUUGUCUCCGAUCCAAUAUCUCUAGCUGAUCAUGUUAUCCAUCUAAUGAGAUCUUUCUGUGAAAUGUAGUUUCUAGUUGAUUUCCAGGAAACGUAUAUUAUGUCUUCUAUAUUACAUUAAAUUAAAUUAAAUAUAUAUGUGGAUAUAUUGAAAAAA